UCCCUGGCGGCCGCCCCACCGCGGGUCCCUCCCUGGCUGCGGGAGACACGGAGGUAGAGGGAGGACACUACCGUGCGGUCCGCACCAGAGACCUUCGCCUCGCCCUACCUGUCCUCACCCUCUGGAAGGAACAUGGAUAAUCUCAGUGAUACGUUAAAGAAACUGAAGAUAACUGCUGUUGACAGAACUGAAGAUAGUUUAGAAGGAUGCUUGGAUUGUCUGCUUCAAGCUCUGGCUCAAAAUAAUAUGGAAACAAGUGAAAAAAUGCAAGGAAGUGGAAUACUUCAAGUGUUCGAAAGUCUUUUGACUCCACAGUCUUCCUGCCCAGCCAAAGUAGCUAACAUCAUAGCAGAAGUAGCCAAAAAUGAAUUUAUGCGAAUUCCGUGUGUGGAUGCUGGAUUGAUUUCACCACUGGUACAGCUGCUAAAUAGCAAAGACCAGGAAGUGCUGCUGCAAACUGGCAGGGCUCUAGGAAACAUAUGUUACGAUAGCCAUUCCCUUCAAGCUCAGCUUAUCAAUAUGGGUGUUAUCCCUACCUUAGUGAAAUUACUGGGUAUCCACUGCCACAAUGCAGCUCUUACAGAAAUGUGUCUUGUUGCUUUUGGUAAUUUAGCAGAACUUGAGUCAAGUAAAGAACAGUUUGCUAGUACCAACAUUGCUGAAGAGCUGGUAAAACUCUUCAAGAAACAAAUAGAACAUGAUAAGAGAGAAAUGAUUUUUGAAGUUCUUGCUCCAUUGGCAGAAAAUGAUGCUAUUAAACUACAGCUGGUGGAAGCAGGCCUUGUGGAGUGCCUCCUAGAGAUUGUUCAGCAGAAGGUGGAUAGUGACAAGGAGGACGACAUUGCUGAGCUCAAAACUGCCUCUGAUCUCAUGGUGUUGUUACUUCUUGGAGAUAAAUCCAUGCAGAAACUGUUUGAAGGAGGAAAAGGCAAUGUGUUUCAAAGGGUGCUUUCUUGGAUUCCUUCAAAUAACCACCAGCUACAGCUUGCUGGAGCAUUGGCAAUUGCAAAUUUUGCCAGAAAUGAUGGAAAUUGUAUUCAUAUGGUAGACAAUGGAAUUGUAGAAAAACUUAUGGAUUUACUGGACAGACAUGUAGAAGAUGGAAAUGUAACUGUACAGCACGCAGCACUAAGUGCCCUCAGAAAUCUGGCCAUUCCAGUUGUAAAUAAAGCAAAGAUGUUAUCAGCUGGGGUCACAGAGACAGUUUUGAAAUUCCUUAAAUCAGAAAUGCCCCCAGUUCAGUUCAAACUUCUUGGAACCUUAAGAAUGUUAAUAGAUGCACAAGCAGAAGCUGCUGAACAACUGGGAAGGAAUGUUAAGUUAGUGGAACGUUUGGUAGAAUGGUGUGAAGCCAAAGAUCAUGCUGGUGUGAUGGGAGAGUCGAACAGACUGCUUUCUGCCCUCAUACGCCACAGUAAAUCAAAAGAUGUAAUUAAAGCCAUUGUACAGAGUGGUGGCAUCAAGCAUCUAGUUACCAUGGCAACUAGUGAACAUGUAAUAAUGCAGAAUGAAGCCCUUGUUGCUUUGGCAUUAAUAGCAGCUUUAGAAUUGGGCACUGCUGAGAAAGAUCUAGAAAGUGCUAAGCUUGUACAGAUUUUACACAGACUGCUAGCAGAUGAAAGAAGUGCUCCUGAAAUCAAAUAUAAUUCAAUGGUCUUGAUCUGUGCUCUCAUGGGAUCUGAAUCCCUACACAAGGAAGUGCAGGAUUUGGCCUUUCUAGAUGUCAUAUCCAAACUUCACAGUCAUGAGAACAAAAGUGUUGCCCAGCAGGCCUCCCUCACAGAGCAGAGACUUACCGUGGAAAGCUGAGAACUGCCUCUCCCUGACACGCAGCACCAUCCCAUCCAAUUUCCCCUUUGUCCUCCAUCCAGCUGCCUUUUCCACUUCAUUCUCUACCACAUCACUUGUGCAUGCGUGUAAUGUUCCAAUAUCAAUUGAAGAACUGCUGUAGGUAUCUGCCUAAUAAGAUUUCUAAACCCAUAGUUAGUGUGAACAUGACUGUCAAAACAAGUCUCCACCCAUAACUGUUCUCUUGUAUUCCUGUUGCUUGAGCUACAUUAAGUAGAAUGUGCAUGUUGUAGUCCUAUGAUGAUGUAAACUUGGUACAACAUAAUGACUUGCUCCUCACAUGCAGUAAACUACAUAAUAAUGUACUGGUAAAUUAGAAACAAAGAAUGCAGCAGGAUCUGUCUAUCUUGAAGAUGAAAUUGGAUAAUUAAAAAAGUAGCU